AUGGAAACCGGUACUCAAACAACCUCCUGCGCCUGCAGGCCCAGCAUUCAUGAGGGUCCUCGAUGUCAGCAACUUGAAAUUGCCUUCACUCAACCCGGCUUCGCCUGGACAUCUGGGCUCGGCAACUGCGCCCGCCUGCAUCUACAAUUCUGGUUCACCAGCCUCCAGACAACCUGGCCAGUUCUGUUGGUCUACGCCGGGCCAGCAAAUAGUCCAGAUGCGUCUGGUAGCCAGGGCGACUUUCUGGCCAUAGAGUGGACGGCCCAGAAUGAGCUGACUGUCACUGUUGACCUCGGAGGUGGGCCAGUCAGCCUGAAGCCCAGCUUGGGCAGCACAGGCAAUUUCAACGACGGCAUGUGGCACCGGGUUGACGUUAUGUUGGUUCCAGAAACGGUAAACAGACAUAAGUUAAUGCCUAUUUCUUCUACACAUAGUGAGUAUAUUUCGAAAUUACCAAUAGAUCCUGAAGAAGGACGUUACACACCUUAA